AAUUUCAGUUCUGGUUCAUCUGAACUUCAGAUGUUGCUCGAACUGGAUCCAUGCACGAUUGAGGAGAUGGAGAUCGUGGCAAGGCAGGGAUCCGGUAGCGGGGGCUUGAGAUUCGCCUCUUCCGAUCUCGAGCGUCAUCUGCUGCCGCGAUCUGACUCCAACGGUCACCUCGUCUUCCACAUACUAUUCUCUUAUAUUCACCUUCAACAUACUGCACAGCCAUGGGAAUUUAUACCCCGCAGCCGUUCGUUUCGUUAUCCCAGCCGCCGUAACUCACAACAAUGGACGAGUCAGACGACAAUCGAGAAAGUCCUUGGGACUUCACAGCUGCGCGACAGUUCAUGCAUGCUUUCAACUCUUAUCCUCCCGAAGAUGCCUUCCAAGACGAUUCGAUACCUGAGUUCAAACUCUACAACCCAAAGUUACAAGCUCCAAAAGCACUCGGAGACUUCGAUCGAUUAUUUACCUUCUUUGGCCAGCCUCCUCUGACAAUAGCUCCACGACGACGGUCUAACGACUCAUCUUCUGCGAAGAACGAAGACACUUCAACACCCCCAUCUUCAGCUCCCGACGAUGACUCCGAGGAUUUUGAACAUUUUGUCCAUAAAGCAAAGGAGGUGCGAUGGACAGAUCAGGAGGGAACAGCAGAGCUUGCAGAAUUUCGUCGGCGGAGUACUCGAGGCUCUACAACGGAAGAUUUGGAUGCUUCUGUUAUUGCUCAACUCUUAGAAGCAACUGAUCCUAGCGGUCUCGAGUCGGACGAUGAGGACGAGUCAACUCUGAAAUCAAGACACUCUUCACAAGCUCGAGCCCAAAAAACCAGAUUCGGUGUUAAUGUUCUUUCCGUGUCCAAAGAGAGAGACAAAGGCAAACACCAGGAGCAAGUCCAGACCUUUUCUCCUAGCGCUUCUUCAUUUCUUCCCGCAUCCAUCACUCCUCCCAAACCCUUCGGCGCCCUUCCUCCUCCGCCCAGGAUUACUCCCAAUAACUUUGUUGAUCCAUUAAUUAUCAAACCAUACCAUACACUUACCGUCAACGAGCAAAAAGUCAAGCUCGUUAAGAGGCUAGCUAGAAGGUUCCUCCAAGAGGCUAAACUUCUGAAAACUCCAGAGGCAAUCAUCAAUAACGGUGGAAAUAUUCACCCCAAAGGAGUGCAUGUAUUUGUGGAUUUGUCCAAUAUCGUAAUUGGAUUCUACGAGCGAAUCAAGAUUAACAGAGUGCAUGCGGGAAGGCUGCAUCCCAACGCCUAUACUAAGCAACCACCGUUUUCGUUCCAUUCUCUAACUCUUAUUCUUGAGAGGGGCCGAGCAGUAGGGCGCAGGGUGAUGGUUGGGUCUACUAGCAAUCUCAUUUAUGACCCGAAUGGUCAUAAAUUGCCAGACCAUAUCCUUGAAGCUGAGAGGCUAGGCUACGAACCAAACAUACUGGAACGUGUUGCCAAGCCACUUCGGGCUGCUCCUCCACGGAGAAGGGGAGGCUCUGGGUCCGGGUAUGCUACUUCAGGACACUCGAGCGCAUCUGAAUCGCAAUUUGCAGGACGAUUCAAGAUGAAAGAACAAGCAGUGGAUGAAUUGCUGCAGAUGAAGAUGUUGGAGAGUCUCCUGGAUUUUGAACCUUCAACCAUUGUUCUUGCUAGCGGCGACGCUGCUGAAGCAGAAUAUUCUGGGGGCUUUUUGAAAUCAGUGGAGCGAGCGCUUGAGAGAGGAUGGAAAGUAGAGGUCAUGGCGUGGUCAAAGGGUCUAAGUUACGAAUAUCGAUCGAGGGACUUGCUGAAGAAAUGGGAGGGCAAACUUUCUAUUAUCGAAUUGGACGAAUUUUGCGAAGAGAUGUUGGCAAUUUAUGCCCAGAAGUGGGUAAUUGUAUAAACAUUAGGUUCUGCAUCGGUGUUGGCGUUGAAACCCAUUGUAUAGUGGGAGACUCGUGUUGCGGGCUCCGGGACAGACCGUAUACAGCAGAGUUGGUUUGAUCUUUUGGGCAUCAUCAGAUGUCCUCAGAUUCGGGGUCAAAUGGGCGAUUUAGUCACCAGAAUCAUGAAGAGCAUAGCGAGGCGUUUCAUUAGCAGAUCAUUGGCAUUUCAUGGAGUCUCGGCCAAUAGCGGAUAGAAUCAAGGAUUCGUAGCCUUGAAUGCAUCUAAAUUUUGCCAAUUUCUGCAUCUUUUUGUUUUGGUGAAGGGUUUCAGAGAGGUCUUCCUUUUGUUGUGCAUGGUACAGCUGCAGUGAGGUUCACGCGACGUGCCUUCCUCAAACUGCACCCGAGUG